UCCUCUUGUAAAAACUCAUUAUUAUGAUCAAAAUCAAAUCUGAAUCAGUCUUGCAAUCAAAAAGCAUAUUAUAAUUUAGAGUCCUGCAUCAUCUUUUAACUGCGCGUAAUCCUUCUUAGUAAAAUCUAACAUUGCAUUAACUUAAAAUCUAAAUUAUUCAUAUACAAAAAAUCAGUAUUACACGCUGAUUCAGUCAAUCUGUGAAAAGAUGAACUCCAUACUGAAGACAAAUAAGUUAAAAUCUAUAAUAUUGAUAUGCUAAAAUCCCUGACUUUUUUCAUCCGUUAUAUGGAGGUGGACAAUCUGAUAUAAACUCAAUUGCUAGUAACUUGACCACCAGAACUCCCAUCUUUUCUGUGUAAUGGUAAUCAUUUUUCCAGUUGAUCUUGAUCUUGAUCAAGCAAAAAUUUAACACUGACUUUGGAACUGCCUAAUAGCUUAUCUCGAUUUCUGAGUACAUUUUUAUCCAGUACCCACAUGUUGACUUUAUCGCCCGUUGUAUAAAUGUUAAAUGAAAACGGUCCAUCUAUUGAUCGAUUUAACGUCAAGGGAUCGAAUAAAUCGAAAUGAAAGUUACAUGUUCUUUAAAGAGAAUAACAUAAGAAACAAGCAUUUUUCUCAAAAGAUAAACCGCAUAAAUAGUUUUCUCUUUAGAAGAAAAUUUAUCUAAAUAUCGUAACUUUAUAAUAUUCAAAGCAAAAUUAUAAUUUAGGACUAUUUUUUCGAAACCUUUCAAGUUAAUAUAUUCAUAUUUAUUAUGAUUAAAAAUAAUUAGUGAUAAUAAUGGAUACCAAUCAUUAUGUUAUCACUGCAGGUGAUAGUGAUAUCGAAAUACAUACGAGAAACAUUUCAGAAGCAAAAGCUGUGAAGGUUGUCAAAUCAAGUGCCGUAUCAAACGGUAUUGCGUUUGGAACGACGUUUCGUGUAUCCGAAAAUGUUUCAGUAUAUAGAAGAAUGUGUGAAGACGAAGUGAACUCAGUUAUUAAUAGUAGUGCUUUGGAUGCUCGACAAAAAUACAAAUGGGUUACAGAAAGUUUAAAUAAAGCGUUAAAAUUUCAAAAUAAUGCUAUGCCUGCCCCUGUUGGGGAAUUAGAGAAAAUAUUAAAAACGAACGUAAACAAAGAAUUUUAUAGAGAUUUCAGAAAGGAGCUUAUACUUCAAUUUAUAUGUAGUCAACGUACUAAAAGUGUAUUUCACCACGACGGUAUUAAAUCUGGUCGUUUUUAA